CUGGUCUGAGUCGCGUUGUACAAAACUGGCAAUAGUUUUCCGAGCUAAAGGAUAGCUGAUGAGCGCUAGCUGUGGUUAGGAUGGUUUUUGGUUAGCUGUUAUGAAAGUUUGCUGGGGUUUAGUAGUGGCUAUUUACACAUCCUAUUGAUUACAAUCUGUCCUGGUCCAUAGCACCUCACCUCAAACCGUGGUACCCACCACUAAAUCAAUAAUGACAUUUUAGCCCUUUUUUUUAUGAAUAGCUGAAUUGGCAAAUCUCUGCACAGUGCCUGUAAGUAUUCACCCACCUUGGACGUCUUAACAUUUUAUUCUGCUAGAAAGUGUCAGAGUGGAUCUCUUUUUGUCAGAGCAGAUGGUCAGGGGAUCGGAAAACAUAAUUAUAUUCAUUUGUACACAAGUAAGCCCAAAAAGAUUUGUAUUUAAAAAUGAUAAUUUCAUGUCUUGAUUACAUUGAGCCAUGUUCACAUACAGCAGGGGUCCCCAAUUCCAUUCAGUCAUGGGCUGAUUUUUCCUUGAGUGGAUGGUUGGGGUGCCGGAACACACAGUGCCUUCACUCCCAUUUUGUUAUGGCAAGACUAAAUGAGUAGAGCAGUAAAAAUGUGCUUAAGUGACUUAAGUUGCAUCAUUUUUGAAUGUCUACCUCAUCUCUGUACCCCACACAUUCAAUUAUCUGUAAGGUUCCUCUGUCUAGCAGAGAAUUUAAAACACAAAUUCAACCACAAAGAUCAGGGAGGUUUUCCAAUGCCUCGCAAAGACGGGCACCUAUUGGUAGAUGGGUAAAUUUUUUAUAAAAGCAGACAUUGAAUAUCGCUUUUGAGGAUGGUGAAGUUCUUAAUUACACGUUGGAUGGUGUAUCAAUACACCCAGUCACUACAAAGAUACCAGAGUCCUUCCUGAGUUGCCGGAGAGGAAGGAAACUGCUCAGGGAUUUCACCAUGAGGCAAAUGUUGACUUUAAAACAGUUGCAGAGUUUAAUGGCUGUGAUAGGAGAAAACUGAGGAUGGAUCAACAACAUUGUAGUUACUCCACAAUACAAUACUAACCUAAAUGACAGAGAAAAUAAGGAAGCCUGUACAGAAUAAAAAUAUUUAAAAAAAACAUGCAUCCUGUUUGCAACAAGGCACUAAAGUAAUACAGCAAACAAAUGUGGCAAAGCAAUUUCCUUUUUUUCCCCGAAAUAUAAGUGUUAUGUUUGGGGCAAAUCCAAUAACACAUUACUGAAUACCGCUCUUCAUAUUUUCAAGCAUAGUGUUGGCUGCAUCAUGUUAUGGGUACGCAUAAUCGUUAAGGACUAGGGAGUUUUUCAGGAUAAAAAAUAAACGGAAUGGAGCUAAGCACAGGGAAUAUCCUAGAGGAAAACCUUGUUCAGUCUGCUUUCCAUCACACACCGGGAGAUGAAUUCAACUUUCAGUAGGACAAUAACCUAAAAUGCAAAGCCAAAUAUACACUGCAGAUGCUUACCAUGAAGAUGGUGAAUGAUCCCGAGGUGCCGAUUUACAGUUUUGACUUAAAUCUGCUUGAAAAUCUAUGGCAAGACUUGGAAAUGGCUGUCUAGCAAUGAUUAACAACCAAUUUGAAAGAGCUUGAAGAAUUUUGAAAAAAAUAAUGGCCAAACCAGGUGUACAAAGCUCUUAGAGACUUACCCAGAAAGACUCAUGGCUGUAAUCGCUACCAAAGGUGAUUCUAACAUGUAUUGACUCGGGUGUGAAUACUUACAGUGGGGAGAAGAAGUAUUUGAUACACUGGCGAUUUUGCAGGUUUUCCUACUUACAAAGCAUGUAGAGGUCUGUAAGGUCUGUAUAACAAAAAUCCAGAAAAUCACAUUGUAUGAUUUUUAGUAAGUAAUAAUUAGCAUUUUAUUGCAUGACAUAAGUAUUUGAUACAUCAGAAAAGCAGAACUUAAUAUUUGGUACAGAAACCUUUGUUUGCAAUUACAGAGAUCAUAUGUUUCCUGUAGUUCUUGACCAGGUUUGCACACACUGCACAUUUUGGCCCACUCCUCCAUACAGACCUUCAACAGAUCCUUCAGGUUUCGGGGCUGUCGCUGGGCAAUACGGACUUUCAGCUCCCUCCAAAGAUUUUAUAUUGGGUUCAGGUCUGGAGACUGGCUAGGCCACUCCAGGACCUUGAGAUGCUUCUUACGGAGCCACUCCUUAGUUGCCCUGGCUGUGUGUUUCGGGUCAUUGUCAUGCUGGAAGACCCAGCCACGACCCAUCUUCAAUGCUCUUACUGAGGGAAGGAGGUUGUUGGCCAAGAUCUCACGAUACAUGGCCCCAUCCAUCCUCCCCUCAAUACGGUGCAAUCGUCCUGUCCCCUUUGCAGAAAAGCAUCCCCAAAGAAUGAUGUUUCCACCUCCAUGCUUCACGGUUGGGAUGGUGUUCUUGGGGUUGUACUCAUCCUUCUUCCAAACACGGCGAGUGGAGUUUAGACCAAAAAGCUCUAUUUUUGUCUCAUCAGACCACAUGACCAUCUCCCAUUCCUCCUCUGGAUCAUCCAGAUGGUCACUGGCAAACUUCAGACGGGCCUGGACAUGCGCUGGCUUGAGCAGGGGGGCCUUGCGUGCGCUGCAGGAUUUUAAUCCAUGACGGCGUAGUGUGUUACUAAUGGUUUUCUUUGAGACUGUGGUCCCAGCUCUCUUCAGGUCAUUGACCAGGUCCUGCCGUGUAGUUUUGGGCUGAUCCCUCACCUUCCUCAUGAUCGUUGAUGCCCCACGAGGUGAGAUCUUGCAUGGAGCCCCAGACCGAGGGUGAUUGACCGUCAUCUUGAACUUCUUCCAUUUUCUAAUAAUUGCGCCAACAGUUGUUGCCUUCUCACCAAGCUGCUUGCCUAUUGUCCUGUAGCCCAUCCCAGCCUUGUGCAGGUCUACAAUUUUAUCCCUGAUGUCCUUACACAGCUCUCUGGUCUUGGCCAUUGUGGAGAGGUUGGAGUCUGUUUGAUUGAGUGUGUGGACAGGUGUCUUUUAUACAGGUAACGAGUUCAAACAGGUGCAGUUAAUACAGGUAAUGAGUGGAGAACAGGAGGGCUUCUUAAAGAAAAACUAACAGGUCUGUGAGAGUCGGAAUUAUUACUGGUUGGUAGGUGAUCAAAUACUUAUGUCAUGCAAUAAAAUGCAAAUUAAUUACUUAAAAAUCAUACAAUGUGAUUUUCUGGAUUUUUGUUUUAGAUUCCGUCUCUCACAGUUGAAGUGUACCUAUGAUAAAAAAUUACAGACCUCUACAUGCUUUGUAAGUAGGAAAACCUGCAAAAUCGGCAGUGUAUCAAAUACUGGUUCUAUCCACGGUAUGUAAAUGAGAGAUUUUUGUUUAAAGUUUUUAUUCAAUUUGCUAAAAUGUCAAAAAAUAUGUUUUCACUUUGUCUUUAUGGGGUAUUGUGUGUAGAUGGGUGAGAAAAACAUUCAAUUUAAGUAACAUCAAACUGGAAUAACUCAAGGGGUAUGAAUACUUUCGGAAGAUACCGUAGCUAUAAAUAAUUUGUACACUGCAAAUUGAUCAAAAUAAUCCAUAUAAAUCAAUGGGCGCCUAUUGGGGAACCCUAAUAUACAGUAUGUCUCUCUUUUUAUUUGUGGGACUACUGUACUUGGAAACAUAUUUUCAAAAUAUUUUCUUUUAGCUGAGUUCCUGGUGAUUUUAGUAUUUUAUUAUAUAUUGUUUUUAUACAAUCCUAAAAACUUUGGGGGGCCAAAAAAACAACAACGCGAAUCAGUUUUGGCCACCUGUUGCUGACUCCUGCCCUAUGGUAUCCUAGUCAGAGAUUAAAGCGCAGGCAGGGAAGCCUCCACAGAUAACAUGGCUGCAGAGAUGGGGACCUUGAUUAUAAGGAAUCCCUCCCACAUAUGAUAGGUUCCAGCAGGUAUCCACCUCCUGGCUGCACUACCUUAAAGGCCCAGUACACUCAAUAACUAAGUGUCCUGUGUUUUAUAUAUAUUUCCACAUUGAGGUUUUGAAUAAUACAGUGAUUUUUUUAAAAAUAUGAUAAUGCCCUUUUAGUGUAAGAGCUGUCUCAAAAGACUGCCUAAAAUGUCAGCCUGUUUUGGUUCGAUGGAGUUUUGGCCUGCCAGGCAGUAAAUGUGUAGACCAAUAAGAAAGAGUUCAAAACCUCUCUACCAAGAGCUAGUUUUCUCUUUUCCCCUCCCCACUCAAACCACUCCCAGACAGUCCCAGCAAAAUUCUUACUUGAUAAAUUGUUCUUUGUUAAGAAACUAUUUUUGACCAUUUGAAUUUAAAACAAUCACUGUAAGGUACUUAAUUGUUACUCGUGAAAUGAUUUGAUAUUGAGAUAAAAACGGCUGCAUUGGACCUUUUUAAGCUCUGGGAGCUUCAUGUUCACUGUAGCUAUAAUUCCUGCGUGAGCUUUAAUGAAUUGAUUAUUGUAAGCCUGAUGCACAAUCAAGGUUACAGUAAGAUCAGAGGAAGGGUGGGGGGGCUUUGCAUUGACAGGAUGGGAGUUCAGACUACCUGAUUAGCACCAUGUCCAGCGUUAAAGGUGCAGUCCCAAUUAAUUGUCCAUGUGCACAGAUUAUUGCAGCAAAGCCUCCAGGUCCAUAACGAUGUGAUCCCCCUCAGAAUGACACGGUGAAUUAUACAUCCUAUAGUCACUAGUGUGAAUUAGUCUGUGUUGUUCUCUGGAUGGUUGUAGUUGACAAUUACGUCCACAUUGGAGUUAUGCAAAAUUGCUCAACCCUCAUUGGCAUAUAAUACCUUAAAAUAAUGCUUGGACAUAAGAUAUUGGUUGUUAGCACCACUCCCUGUUCCAUAUUUGGGCAUGGAAGCUGAAAGUGAAAGUCUCUACAGAAUCCAUUUUGAGAUGGCAGACUUACAGAAUUCACCCUAAACUGGAGAGGGGAAAGAAGUAAAGUCAGCUGAUCUGGGACUCCCCUGAGGGAGCACGGUCUUUAAAAUGAGUCUCUCUGGGGGGAGAGAGGAGGUUGCUACUGCCUUUAAAAUGUCACCCUAUGUUAAGGAUGACAUAGACCACAAAGUUGAAAGCCCAAUCCAACAGGAAAGACCAGUCUCACCUGUACCCAGCUGUGUGUCCAUGAAGAGUGACCAGUCUAUGAUGGCUCCAAUCACAUUCGGAGAGAAAAAUUCUGCUUCUAAACAAAGCUCAAUCCAACAGGAGAGACCAGUCUCACCUGUACCCAGCUGUGUGUCCAUGAAGAGUGACCAGUCUAUGAUGGCUCCAAUCACAUUCGGAGAGGAAAAUUCUGCACCUAAACAAAGGAUCCAACAGGAGAGGCCAGUCUCACCUGUACCCAGUUGUGUGUCCAUGAAGAGUGUCCAGAUACAGUCAGUUUCAUUCAGAGAGGGAAUCUCUGCUACUAAACAGAGAAACAGUCUGGAGAGAUCACAGUCAGAGACCGAGACAGAGAGUCAGUUUACCCAGAGUCAUCAAACGGACCUGUCCUCCAUAUUCAGGUCGCUCGAAGACGAUAUCAUGACUUUUCUGAAGAGUCAGUUGAAGAGGUUUAAGAGGAUUCUGAGCUCAGAGUGCUUUGAGAGCCAGGGGGAGGACAAGGAAGUAGUGGAUAUUGAAAUUGCAAAGCAGGAGAGCAAUGCCAGGGAGGGAGCUCUGAAGAUCACACUGCAUAUGCUGAGGAACAUGAACCAAACAGAGCUCGCUGACAUACUGGAGAAAAAUGAGCUUGCUGUGAAGUGCCAACGUAAACUAAAAUCUAAUCUGAAGAAUAAGUUUCAGUGUGUGUUUGAGGGAAUAGCUAAACAAGGAAACCCAACACUUCUCAAUAAGAUCUACACUGAGCUCUACAUCACAAAAGGUGGAAGUGGAGAGGUCAAUAAUGAACAUGAAGUGAGACAGAUAGAGGCAGCAUUCAGGAGACCAGCAACACAAGAGAUCUCAAUCAAAUGCAAUGACAUCUUCAAAUCCUUACCUGGACAAGACCAACCUAUCAGAACAGUGCUGACAAAGGGAAUCGCUGGCAUUGGAAAAACAGUCUCUGUGCAGAAGUUCAUUAUGGACUGGGCUGAAGGAAAAGCAAAUCAGGAUGUCCAAUUCAUAUUUCCAUUUUCUUCUCGGGAGCUUUAUUUAAUGAAAUACAAGAAACACAGUUUGCUAGAACUUCUUCAUCACUUUUUUGUAGAAACCAAGGAAUCAGGAAUCUCAAACUAUGAAAGCUACAAAAUUCUGUUUGUCUUUGAUGGACUGGAUGAGUUCCAAAUUCCCCUGGACUUCCAGAACAAUGAAAGCUGGUGUGACAUCACAGAGUCAACCUCAGUGGAUGUGCUGCUAACAAACCUCAUCAAGGGGAAUCUGCUUCCCUCUGCUCUCCUCUGGAUAACCUCUCGAACUGCAGCAGCCAAUCAGAUCCCUCCUGAGUGUGUUGACCAGGUGACAGAGGUACGAGGGUUCAAUGACCCACAGAAGGAAGAGUUCUUCAGGAAAAGAAUCAGUGAUGAGAAUAUGGCCAGCAGAAUCAUUUCACACAUAAAAUCAUCAAGGAGCCUCUUCAUCAUGUGCCACAUACCAGUCUUCUGUUGGAUUUCUGGUACAGUUCUUGAGCACAUGUUGAAAAAAGGAAAGAGAGGAGAAAUGCCAAAGACUUUGACUGAGAUGUACACACACUUGCUGGUAGUCCUGAUGAAACAGAUGAUUGAGAAAUAUCAUAGGAACGAUGAGACACAUCCACACUGGAAUGAAGAGAGCAUUCUGUCACUGGGAAAGCUGGCAUUUCAACAGCUGGAAAAGGGAAAUGUGAUUUUCUAUGAGGAACACCUGCGAGAGUGUGGCGUCGACGUCAGCGAGGAGUCUGUGUACUCUGGAGUGUGCACACAGAUCUUUAAAGAAGAGAGUGGGCUGUACCAGCAGAAGGUGUACUGCUUUGUGCAUCUGAGCAUUCAGGAGUUUCUGGCUGCUGUGUACGUGUUUCUCACAUUCAACAACAGUGGUGUGAAUCUAAUGGUUCAACCUGAAUCAACCUCUGAAGUACUUACGCCAUUCAAAAACAAUCCUACAUUUUGCCUCAAUGUAAGUGCAGUGGAGAUGGCCUUACAGAGUGAGAAUGGACACCUGGACCUGUUCCUCCGUUUUCUUCUCGGCCUCACACUGGAGUCCAAUCAUACUCUCCUACGAGGCCUACUGACACAGACGAAAAUCAGCUCACAAACCAAUGCUGAAACAGUAAAGUACAUCAAGUGGAAGAUUAAGGAGAAUCUCUCUCCAGGAAGGUGCAUCAAUCUGUUCCACUGUCUGAAUGAACUCAAUGACCAUUCUCUAGUGGAGGAGAUCCAAAGCUACCUGAGCUCAGGCAGUGUCUCCAGAGAAGAACUGUCUCCUGAACAGUGGUCCGCUCUGGUCUUUGUGUUGCUUACAUCAGAAGAGGAGCUGGAUGUGUUUGACUUGAGAAAAUACUCCAGGUCAGAUGAAGGUCUUUUGAGGCUGUUGCCAGUGAUCAAAGCCUCCAGAACAGCUCAGUUGGAAAGUUGUGACCUCACAGAGAAAUGCUGUAAAGCUUUGGCAUCCGCUUUAAACUCCUCACACCUGAGAGAGCUGGAUCUGAGCUACAAUCCUCUAAAAGACUCAGGAGUAAAGCUGCUCUCUGAUGGACUAGGGAGUCCACACUGUAAACUGGAGAAACUGAGGCUGUCAGACUGUCAAGUCAGAAAGGAAGGCUGUGCUUCUCUGGUCUCUGCUCUGAUGUUAAAGCCCUCACAUCUGAGAGAGCUGGACCUGAGUAACAACCCCCUAGAAGACUCAGGAGUUAAGCUGCUCUCUGAUGCACUGGGGAGUCCACACUGUAAACUGGAGACACUUAGGCUGUCAGGCUGUGAAGUCAGAGAGGAAGGCUGUGCUGCUCUGGCCUCUGCUCUGAGGUUAAACCCGUCACACCUGAGAGAGCUGGACCUGCAUGGCAAUGACCUAGAAGACUCAGGAGUGAAGCUGCUCUCUGAUGGAUUGGGGAGUUCACACUGUAAACUGGAGACACUGAGGCUGUCAGGCUGUAAAGUCAGAGAGAAAGGCUGUGCUGCUCUGGCCUCUGCUCUGAUGUUAAACCCCUCAGCCCUGAGAGAGCUGGAGCUGAACUUCAAUCACCUAGAAGACUCAGGAGUGAAGCUGCUCUCUGAUGCACUGGGGAGUCCACACUGUAAACUGGAGACACUGAGGCUGUCAUGCUGUGGAGUCCGAAGGGAAGGCUGUGCUUCUCUGGCCUCUGCUCUGAUGUUAAACCACUCACACCUGAGAGAGCUGGACCUGAGCCACAAUGACAUAGAAGACUCAGGACUGAAGCUGCUCUCUGAUGGACUGGGGAGUCCACACUGUAAACUGGAGACACUGAGGCUGUCACACUGUAAGGUCAGAGAGGAAGGCUGUUCUUCUCUGGUCUCUGCUCUGAUGUUACACCCCUCACAUCUGAGACAGCUGGACCUGAGUGGCAAUCACCUACAGGGCUCAGGAGUGAAGCUGCUCUCUGAUGCACUGGGGAAUACACACUGUAAACUGGAGACACUGAGGCUGCGAUGGUGUGGAGUCAGAGAUGAAGGCUGUGCUUCUCUGGCCUCAGCUCUGAUGUUAACCCCCUCAGCCCUAAGAGAGCUGGACCUGAGUGUCAAUGACCUAGAAGACUCAGGACUGAAGCUGCUCUCUGAUGGACUGGGGAGUCCACACUGUAAACUGGAGACACUAAGCUUUUUCAGCCAUACAUUUACGGUGUCUGGUGAUGAGAAUAAAGACUACGUACACAACAUGACACAACAAAAAUGCAUGUGAGCUCACACGGAACCCAAACACAGCACACAGAGAGCUCUCUCUGUCUGAGAGGAACAGAAGGGUGACACGGGUGUGGGUGAAGCA